AUGUAUUUGGAAGACAAUCUCGGAAUCGAUAUUGUUCGCCAAUUAAAAGACACUGCUAAAAAUUUCAAAUAUUUUUCAAUUGCCUUGGAUGAAUCUACCGACUCUUCAGAUUCUGCGCAAGUGCUUUUAUUCGUUCGUAGAGUCGAUAAAUUUUUUAAAAUAACUGAAGAAUUGGCCGCAAUCCAUUCAAUGCAAGACACAUGUACUGGUGAUAAAAAUUUUCUAAAAGUAAAAGAAACUAUUUUUGCUUUGGGUCUUGAUUUUAAAAUUUUAAAAGACGUAACUACUGAUGGAGGGCGCAAUAUGUCUGGAACUCAUAAAGGUUUGGUUGGAAAUAUGUGUGAAGCUGUAUUGGAAACUGGAGCAGCAAAAGCAAUGGCUAUUCACUGCAUUAUCCACCAACAAACUUUGUGUGGGAAAAAUUCCCCAAUAUCUGAAGUUAUGAAUGUUGUUGUGCAGAUUGUAAAUUAUAAUCGAAAAAUUGCUCUCAGUCAUCGUCAAUUUAAUAACUUUCUCGCUGACAUUGAAAAUCUAUACACCUACAUCAAAGCUUUUGAAUUAAAAUUAACUCUAUUCACAAAGCAACUUAAAGAAAAUAAUCUUGCCCAUUUUCCAACUUGCAACAAAUUCAAAUUUGAAAAUGAUAAAGAAUUUCCUACCGAUUUUGCUGUUGGGGUUUUGAUUUAUUUAAAAGAGCAGUUCCAGACCCACUUUAGAGAUUUUAAAAGUACAGAAAACCAUAUUCGAACUUUUGAAAAUCUAUUUGCCGUAGAAAUAAAAACUUUACCAACGGAUCUUCAACUAGAAGUUAUCGAUCUCAUAUCAAACAACAAUUUCAAAGACUAUUUCAAGGAAAAUAGUCUCCAAAAAUUUUACACAAUGUUGCCAGAGGAGUCAUUUCUAAAUGUCAAAAAUCGUGCACGUGAAAUUACGUCAAUAUUUAGCUCCACAUACUUAUGCAAGCAGACGUUUUUAAAAAUGAAAUACCUCAAAUCUAAGUACAGAACUAAUUUAAGUGAUGAACAUAUACAAGCGACGCUGCUAAUUGGAAUCACAAAAUUUGAUGCAAAUUACGAAGAAAUUUUAAAAAGUAAGCAAUUCCAAAUUUCUCAUUAA